UCACCCGCCCUGUUUAACUACGUGCUGCGUUGUGAGUUCCCCCUGUGGAGAGCGUCGAGAACAACGGAGCUGAGCUGACAGCGGCACCUCCAGUCAAGGGGAAGAUGGAGACCAGGGAUUCUAACUUCAAUAUAUUGUUAGCUACUGACUCGUACAAGGUCACGCACUAUAAACAGUACCCACCGAACACUAGCAAAGUGUACUCCUACUUUGAAUGCCGUGAGAAGAAGACGGAUCCUACCAAGGCCCGGAAGGUUAAAUAUGAAAAAACGGUCUUCUAUGGCUUGCAGUACAUUCUUCACAAAUAUUUAAAAGGGAAGGUUGUAACCCCUGAGAAGAUUCAAGAGGCAAGUGAGGUGUACCGAGAACACUUUCAAGACGAUGUGUUCAAUAAGAAAGGCUGGAACUACAUACUUGAGAAGUAUGAUGGCCAUCUGCCCAUUGAGAUCAAGGCUGUGCCGGAGGGAAGUGUGAUUCCGCGUGGAAAUGUCCUCUUCACUGUGGAAAGCACAGAUCCUGAAUGCUACUGGCUCACCAACUGGGUAGAGACUAUCCUGGUUCAGAUCUGGUAUCCCAUCACGGUUGCAACCAACUCCCGUGAGCAGAAGAAGAUCCUGGCCAAGCAUCUCUUGGAAACAUCAGGAACUUUGGAGGGACUGGAGUACAAGCUGCAUGACUUUGGCUACAGAGGAGUUUCAUCCCAAGAGACUGCAGGUAUUGGCGCCUCUGCACACUUGGUAAACUUCAAAGGAACAGACACGGUGGCUGGGAUUGGAGUUGUUAAAAAGUACUAUGGCACUAAAGACCCAGUGCCUGGAUUUUCUGUACCAGCUGCAGAACACAGCACAAUCACAGCAUGGGGUAAAGACCACGAGAAAGAUGCCUUUGAGCACAUAGUGAAGCAGUUCCCCUCGGUGCCCGUGUCCAUAGUCAGCGACAGCUAUGACAUCUACAACGCCUGCGAGAAGAUCUGGGGUGAGGACCUGAGGGAGCUGGUGGAGAAACGGAGUGCAGAUGCUCCUCUGGUAGUGCGUCCAGACUCGGGGAACCCUCUAGACACUGUACUGAAGGUCUUGGAGAUUUUAGGCAAGAAGUUUCUUCCUGUCGAGAACUCUAAGGGCUACAAGGUGCUUCCUCCCUACAUUCGGGUUAUUCAGGGUGAUGGUGUGGACAUCAAUACACUGCAGGAGAUAGUGGAGGGGAUGAAGGAGCACAGGUGGAGCAUCGAAAACAUCGCGUUUGGAUCAGGAGGUGCACUUCUGCAGAAACUCACCCGAGAUCUUCUUAACUGCUCCUUCAAGUGCAGCUACGUGGUGACAAAUGGAUUGGGGGUAAAUGUCUUCAAAGAUCCUGUAGCAGACCCCAACAAGAGGUCAAAGAAGGGUCGUCUAUCUCUGCAUAUGACACAGAGCGGAGAUUAUGUGACCCUAGAGGAGGGGAAGGGUGAGCUGGAGGAGUAUGGAGAGGAUCUGCUGCACACAGUCUUCCAUAACGGGAAGAUAGUAAAGACGUACACCUUUGACGAGGUCAGAGACAAUGCCAGGCUCAAGCAGAGUGAAGUCGAGGAGCUGCUUCACUGAGAGGCCAAAGCUUCUUUCCUCCUGUCCCAAACACACACUCCUUCUUCCCCUCCCUCCUUUUAAAACCCUUAACUCCACAAGGUUGGAGAUUUUUAAAAACCCCAGCACUGAUAAAGAAAAUGAAAGAAUGUAACAGACGGAGAAUAAAAGAGGGGGAGUGAGAGAAAGAGAAAAGGGAGAGGAAGAAACUCUCACUCUACCCUGUGCUCUGUGUAUGCCACUGUUUUUCAGUUUGUAGACUCGAUAAAGCGUCAAUGUCUCUUUUUAACACUGGGUAAAAAAAAACAAUUAAAAAUAAAAGACAUGAUUUAAAUUGUCAGAUUCUCAACUCCGCAAGUGAGGAUUUACCGCCGUGCAUGGUACUCUGCUUCCAGCACACCUGACCCAACACAUUAAGGGCUUAAUAACGGGUGUGUUGGGAGCUGGGAAACCGUGAAACUAUUCAGGUCAGUGGAGCUGCAGAGCUGAGAUGAGAGUUGAGAAACUUUCCAUUUAAAUUGUCUUAAUGAGGUAAUGUAAUUGUCUAUGACCAAAUGGUUGACCAGGCUUUGCUGUUUUCUCAGACAUUUGUGGGAGACUAUAUCCUAAAAAAAAAAAAAAAAAAAAAAAAAAAGCUGUAGAUUUCUUUUCAUGUCCGUGGUUAACUGAGAUUGAGAGAUAGAGAGUUGUGAAAUGUUGCUGAAUGUGAACACCAUGUAUAUGGACCAGGUCUUUUAUUUCUAAUGCUAUUUCUUUAUGCAAAUGAGAUGGCUAAUUUGAAGGGAUGCACUUUUCCAAUUUUAUUUUUUGGUCUUUUUCAUCUUGGGUUAAUUUCCCUUCCUUAGAGGAAACUAUCCAAAUACAUUGCUAGAUGUUAAAUCAUGUUGUAGAAACCUUCUCUAGUGUAAACAAUGUAAAGUAGCUGUGUGUCUUGUAAUGGGGGGAAAAAAAUCAACUUUUUUUGUACAAGUACAAAUGUCACUUGCCUAUGUUUUCUAUGAUGUAGAGAACAAAAAAAAUGUCGGUUUUAUUAUUUAAUGAGGAUCAUUUUAGAACAGCUUGGCUUCAGUAUUUUGUAUACUAACUGUUCAUUCAGACUCCAUAAUCAUUAUUUUUUAUUACUGAAGUAAAUAUUGCCACAAUUCUCACCGUAAAUAUCCAUACAUGAUAUGAUGUGGCCAAAAUGCCUUCUCUCUUGUAUAUAAUGAUUGUUUAUUUAAAGAGAGCUGGUUGUUUAGAGGAAAUAGAAGUAUAUUGUUCUUAUUUUUGUCUAAUUCCCAUUUUAUACCAGGGAAAGAAUCCAUUUAUUUGCUAAGUUUCGUUAUGGCUGAAUUUGUUCAGUCAGCCUUGGGGUAGGGGGCGUGUGUGUAUGUGUGAGAGUGUGUGUGAGAGAGAUCUUGUGGCUCUAGACUUAGUUGAUGAUGCCUGCUCGUUUUAAUUUGUCUGAUAGAUUUAUGUAUAUGUUGGAUGUCCCUUUUUUUUUUCAUUGAACCUCUUUGGAUAUUUUAAACUAAACUGGCGAUUACAAAAUUGUCAGUGUAUUAAAAUCCCACCCUAUCUCUUU